UUAGAAGUUUGUGUCAGUUAACAACUAAGUUUGUACAAACAACCAAUAACCCAAAAUGGUUGCUAAGAUAUUCGUUUUCAUUGCCUUAUUGGGUGCUGCAGCGGCGCACCACGCGUUCUCCUCCCAGCACGUGCACAAGUACGACGGUCACCACGAGCCCGUGUACCAUCACGGACACGAACACCAUGACUACUACACUUAUCCGAAAUACGACUUCGAGUACAAGGUGGAUGACCCGCACACCGGCGACCACAAGUCGCAGCACGAGUCCCGCGACGGCGACGUAGUGCACGGCUACUACUCGCUGCAGCAGCCCGACGGCUCGCUCAGGGACGUGCACUACCACGGCGACGACCACUCCGGGUUCCAUGCUGACGUCAAGUACAGCACCCAUCACGUCGUACCACAAUAUCAUCAUUAUUACUAGACUGAAACUUGAACUACAACUACAAUAUGAUACUAUUAUUUUGUAAUGAAAUGAAGUUAUGUAUCUGCUACAAAAAUAAAUUACCUAUAAAAUUA